AUGUGUACAGGCUGGUGUGAGGAGAGAUGUACCAGCGUCAGUGGAAGAAGACGGAGAGGUAAAGGACUGGAUCUUCAUUCAUGGCUGCGCGUCUCGCUCUUAUUCUCAGCCCUGUGGGGCCAAGUGUCCCCCCAAUGCCCGGACAGCUGCCACUGCGCCUGGGACACGGCCACGGUGCUGUGUUCAGACGCAGGGCUGCGGGAGAUCCCAGAGGGGAUCCCACCGGAAACUGUCUCCCUCCACCUGGAACGCAACUACAUCCGACACAUCCCCGAGAGUGCCUUCAGCGACCUGGUCCACCUGCGGGAUCUGUACCUGUCCCACAACCGAAUUGACUCGCUCACCUCGGGGGCCCUGCGGCAUCUGGGCCCUGAGCUACGCCUGCUGGACCUCUCGCACAACCAGCUGAGGCAGGCCAGCAGGGUGGAGUUUGGCUCUACUCGUGCAAAGACGCGCCUCUACCACAACCCGUGGCACUGUGACUGCGCCCUUCAGGAGUUGAUGGAGACUCUGAACCUGGAGCCGGAGACAGUAAAUGGGAUUGUGUGUGAGAGCUCUGUGAGGGGGGUGGGCGAGGGUAGCAGGUGGGAGGACCCGGGGUCGCAGGGCGAGAACGCUGGUCAACCGAUGGUCAAACUGUUGGAUUCUGGGGUGAAUUUCUGCAGCUUGCAGAGGAAGACCACAGAUGUAGCAAUGCUGGUGACAAUGUUUGUAUGGUUCUUCAUGGUCAUAGUGUAUGUAGUGUACUAUGUGAGGCAGAACCAAGCCGAGGCCCGCAGGCAUUUGGAAUACCUGAAGAGUUUGCCCAGCCCCCGCAAGACCCCCACAGAGACAGAUACUCUGAGCACUGGUUUCUGA